GUCAGACUGAACCGAGCAUGCGCAGCUGCGCUGGCCUGAUGCUGUUUUGUUGAGAGCUUGAGAAAAGAGAGUGAAACUUCAAGGCUUCAGGUGAAGAGAAGAUUUUAGCCUAAAUAGGCACAUGAGUUUGCAGGCGUGUCCUCCUCCUGUCAUGAGAUCUUGCCUGGCCCCUGGCUGUCCCUCCUGCAGUUGAUGACUCUGCAGCCGGUGUGGAGAUGACGGACAGUGUCAGAGCGUUUGUCCGCAAUGUUGCGACGGGGAUCAAGGACUCCAUCCUGGGCAUUGGAACUAUCUCCAAGCUCGAUGCCCGAAUUCAGCAGAAGAGGGAGGAGCAGAGAAGGCGCAGAACGAGCGGUGCUCUGGCGAUGAGACGGGCUCAGAGCGAGGAACGGAAACAGGACAGUGAACCAAAACUAGCAAGUCGAAUUUUUCAGUGCUGUGCCUGGAAUGGAGGUGUAUUUUGGCUAAGCCUGUUCCUGUUUUAUCGGGUGUUCAUCCCAUUGCUGCAGUCCCUCACUGCUAGGAUCAUAGGUGACCCUUCGCUGCAUGGUAACGUGUGGUCCUGGCUGGAGUUCAUCCUCACAUCUGUAUUCAGCGCUCUCUGGGUUCUGCCUCUCUUUGUGCUUAGCAAGAUAGUCAAUGCCAUUUGGUUCCAGGACAUUGCUGAUCUGGCGUUUGAAGUGUCUGGACGUAAAGCUCAGCCUUUUCCCAGCGUCAGCAAGAUCAUUGCAGACAUGCUCUUCAAUCUUUUGCUCCAGGCCCUCUUCCUCAUUCAGGGAUGGAUUGUGAGCCUCUUUCCCAUUGAUGCUAUUGGCCAGUUGGUCAGUCUCCUGCACAUGUCUCUGCUCUACUCACUUUACUGCUUUGAAUAUCGCUGGUUUAAUCAUGGGAUUGAAAUGCACCAAAGGCUGUCAAACAUCGAGAGAAACUGGCCGUAUUACUUUGGCUUCGGUUUGCCCAUGGCACUACUGACUGCGCUGCCCUCGUCAUACAUCAUUAGCGGCUGUUUAUUCUCUAUUCUCUUCCCGCUUUUCAUCAUCAGUGCUAAUGAAGCAAAGACCCCAGUCAAACUCUAUCACUUCCAGCUCCGCCUCUUUUCCCUGGUCGUCCUCAUCAGUAACAAACUAUUCCACAAGACGGUGCACCUUCAGAGCUCCCUCACGACCUCCACCUCCACAGAGAAGCUGCCUUCGCCUCACGUGUCCCCGACCCGCCAGCGACCUAUGCCCCCCCAGUGACCUCUUUCAGGAUUCCCACUUCGGUUCGGUUUGAAAGAGUCAGGUGGAUUGGGAGAAAAAAGCGUUCUUCUGAGGGAUGGAUGAGAUGGAUUAGUAAUGUGAAUGGCCGGUGUUUUGGACAGGAUCGUCCUGUUCCGAUACACAAGGUUAUGAUUCUCUGUGUGAUUUUUGUUGGACUAUUUUUGUACCCAUUAUGUGCCAUUUGGGUGAUUUGUAGAGACAGCACAAAGACCUCAGCGUGCACAUUUUUUGUGAUCUGGCUUGCCUCCACUCUUAGGAUCCGUAGUUUCCAUCUGAACUCGUUUUAUCUAUUCAUGGCCUUCUUUUUAAUUUUACGUAAUGGCUUUUUCUGCCUUCUGAGGCCCAGACAUGUGACAGUUUGUUUCUCAGUUAACACUAAGCUCUGUGACAUGACUUAAGGAAUGGAUGAGUAGGAAAAGGCCCCAGUGGUUUGUUUUUCUGCACUGGAAUCUGAAAUCAAAUUGAAAUGGCUCUUCGUGCAAGGGAUGUUUCUUGACCUAAAAUGUUGCGAAUUGUCUGCUAGACUUUUUAAACUCAUUGUUUUAUUGGCUGCACAUCGUCUUAAAGAAAUAUAUUGGCUGAAAGUCAUUUAUUCGCCCUCAGGGUUUCUUUCAUCUGUGGAACACAAAAGUAGAGAUUUUGCAGAACGUUAAGUCCCUAUACCCUUAUAUUUUAUGAAAAACAGCAGUGUGGAUAUUUUUUAGAAAUGUAUCCUUUUGUGUUCUUUAGAAGAAAUUCAUGUUGGGAACGAUUAAAUGAUGGCAGGAUUUUCUAGAAGUUCUAGAAGUAACAACGUAAAAGUCAAAAGGGAGCUGCUUUUAUUUGUCUCUUUUAUAAAUUUGUUUUUAUUUUUGGAAAUACCAUGUCAACAUGAUCCAGUGUCAUCUGUAAUGGUUUGGGGAUGAUUUCCAACAGUAUGCACAAGCUUUAUAAAUCUGCUGCUGUCAGGUGACACUGCCAAACUCUGUGACACGUGUGAAACUGUUCUUUAAAUGAUCAUGGAUCCAGUUUCCGGUGAAUGCUGGCAUGUCAAGUGGAUGUCUACUGUGGUGUGUGUUCCUGGAGUACAGUCCCUGGAACGUGUUUAGAAACAUUUGAAAAUGAAGCACAUAUAAUGUCAUUGUAUCCGUCGGUAGGGGGGGUUGUGUGUUAUUUUAAAAAGGGGUUGUAAUUAUCGUCAGGAGUCAAUAGUGUUACACCUGCAGAUGGAAAUUUGUGAGUGACAUUUUGUAAAAGUAUUACAUUAUUUCAAUAAAUUUGGUCUGUGUACAGUAUUUGA